AUGAGAAAUUCAAAGUCACAACAAACAAAGUCGUCUACUAGGCUUUCUACGUCAUCCACAAACCCAUCCAAGAAAUCAGUUACAACGACGACGACUACUACAAAAUCAAAACCUAAAGUAGCUCAAAAAUCCUUAACUAAUAAAGACUUAAAAAUUACAACAACCUCGAAAACUACGACAACAAAGAAUCUAUCUUCUUCAAGAGUAUCAUCCAUCAAAUCUACACCUACUUCUACAACUAAAACUUCCCAAAGAGAUACCAAAUCCUCAAAAAAUUUAACUUCAUCUACGAUAAAGACAACGAAUAAAACUACAAAACCUACAACGACUAAAAAGAAAUUAAAGGAAAAGCAACAAGGAAAUGUUACAACAACAACCACUUCAUUAGAUUUGGCAAUUUCAGAUGAAGCAAAAGAUGGUCCUAUAUGCUCCGAAAUAAAUAGUGUCAUGAAUGAAUUAGAAAAAUUCCGUACAAGUUUACAUGAACUUGGAAGGGUACAAGAAAAGCAGAAUGAAAUCGUUUCAUCAUCUAAAAAUUCAAAUCAUAAUAAAAAAUUAUCUUCAGAUUCGCUACAAAAAUUACUCUUGGCGGAUGGGAUGUCGAAUCAAGAUGAAAUAGUUUUGCAAGCUCACAAUCAAUUAUCAGUAGUCAGACAACAUAUAACUUCAAUGAUGGAUAAUUACGAAUCUUUAGAUGAAAAUUUAUUAACAGUUAUUAUGACUUAUAAUGAAGAAGUUAAUAUAGCAUUGCAAGAAGCAUUGCAAGAAGUACCAAAAUUAUACCAAUCACAAUCUCAACUUCAACCUCCUUCCCCAUCGUUAUCUUUAUCCUCUCAAUUUACUGAUGACUCCAAUUCUACUCAGCAAUUUAUUGAAUCUCAAAAAAUACAAAUACAAUUUCUUGAACAAGCUAACUUUAAUAAUGUUUUUCAAUUAACUAAUGAUAUAAAAAAAUAUGAUUUAUAUGAGAAAAAUGAAAAGUAUUCUAAAGUUUUAAUAUGUCAAGUAUUACAAAGACUAUUAUUAGAGACAGUUUUAGAAAAUUCCGAUAUUUAUUUUACGGGUUCUUUACAAAAUGUUCAACCUUCCUCCAUUACAAAUGAUUUCGAUGAGGAGAGUUACGGUUGUAAUAAUCAUCCUCUCUUUCAACAAGUAACGAAAAUUAAUCCUGAAGUUUAUGCUGUCUUGGGCUCAAAUUGUUUCGAUGGAUUUGAACAUCCUUUCAUCGAAUUUGUAGGAGAAAAAUUGGUUGAAAUAGUUGAAAAAUACUUUGAAGUUAAACAUGAUUCAAUUAUGGGAAACAAACUUAAUUUAGUCAAUUUAUCUAAUGAAUUGGUUUAUGAUAUUAUAAAUGUUUUUUAUUUUAGAAUGCAAGCACAAGAGCCUUCUGCUCAAUAUCAAUGGAUGGAAAACGGGAUGGCAUUGGAUCUACAUCUCACGUCUAUUGUAAAUUACAAUAUUUAUUGUAAUAAUUUUUCGUUACCAGGUGAUUAUGAAAAUUGUGAACAUAAACUUUGUGAAGAGGAAUUCGAUGUGGUGGGAGUUUGUUCCUUUCCGGUGAUAGGUAAAGGAUUAAAAAGUCAAGAAAAAUUGGAGAUUUACACUAAGGCAAAAGUUUUACCUUAUUCUAAACUAAAUCGUGAAAUAAAAUAG